AUGGCUGAGAAGUCGGAAGCCAGGAAGGAAAGAAAUGAAUUGCCAUACGCGGCUGAAUACGCGAAAAGUGGGAGAGCCGUAUGUAAAGCUUGUCAGACGAGCAUUACUCAGGUGAUAUUAAGGCUAUAUUUAGUUCCUCCCUCCGUUCUGUACCAUUUUCACUGUUUUUGGCCCCGAAUAAAGAGGAACGAAAUAAAUGAAGCUUCCAUACGGGGGAUGGAUUUUCUGAAAUGGGAAGACCAAGAAAAAGUCAGAGAAAAAAUUAUAGACAAUAAAGGUGAUGAAAUGCCUACCUUUCUGUUUAUACAGUAUCCCAAAGUUGAAUACGCUAAAUCAGCUCGAGGGAAGUGUGCAGGUUGCAAGAAUCCAAUUGAGAAGUUGUUGGAACAGUUAGUGGACUGCAUAGUUUUUGGAUGCCCUGGAAAAUGCGAGCGUUGUGGAAUUUUGUUUUAUAGUAUGACGCAACAGACUUAUAAGUGUACAGGUUAUGCCACUGCUUAUACGAGUUGUAGUUAUACAAAUAAGAAUCCUCAUCGUGAGAAAUUUGUUUUUCCAAAGGAUACUUUGAAGGAGUUCAAGGAACUUUCUGCAAUCAAAGCAACUGUGGGUUUCUUUCAUAAGCGUUUGUUUACAGGUUCUAGCAAACAAGUUCAAAUAAUGAAGGAUGGCGCAGUUGUGGAUUCCAACUGUGAAUGUGCUGAAGUGGUCCAUGUGUGGAAAGAUGAGGAGGGCGAUUUUUGGCAGGCUACAUUGGGUUCAACGGAUGUUACAAGCAACAAAAAUUCUUUCUAUAAAUUGCAGUUAUUGAAACAUGACGAGAAAAACAAGUAUUAUCUUUUUCGGUCUUGGGGCCGCAUUGGAACCACUAUUGGAGGAUCGAAAACUGAAGACUUUGGGCAUGACCUCAGUGAAGCAAAAGAGGAAUUUGAGAGGCUGUUCUUGGAAAAAAGUGGAAAUAAAUGGGAGAAUCGGAGUAACUUUCAGAAAGUUCCUGGGAAACUAUCUAUUUUGGAAACGGAAGUAGCAGACGAGCCAGGAUCCCUAACGAAGCUUCACAAAUCUAUUCAAGAUGUCAUGAACAUGAUUUUUGAUAUUGAGUCUAUGAACCAUACCCUGAAUGAAUUUGAGGUCUUAAUUUUCUUGGGUUUCAGUCGAACAGUACUUGACAAGGACAGCGAUGAGUUCCAGCGUAUUAAGAAAUAUGUGAAAAACACGCAUGCUUCGACUCACAAUUAUUAUACUCUUAAAGUUUUAGAUGCAAGUUUUUUACUGCUACGCCGUGAGGGAGAGGCCGAGCGCUUUAGGAAAGACCUGCCGAAUCGUCAGCUGUUAUGGCAUGGCUCAAGAACUACUAAUUACGCUGGCAUUCUUUCACAGGGCUUAAAGAUCGCUCCGAAGGAGGCACCCGUGACCGGAUACAUGUUCGGAAAAGGAAUUUAUUUUGCUGACAUGGUGUCGAAGUCGGCUAAUUACUGUUGUGUUAAUAAAGGCCAAGGGCUUCUUUUGCUGUGCGAAGUUGCGUUGGGAGAAAUGCAGGAAGAAAAGCAGGCAAAUUACAUUAAAAAGUACAUAGUUUAUGAUGUGGCUCAAGUGCAAUUGAAGUAUUUGUUAAGGAUUCAGUUUACUCCUGUAGUAUGA